AUGAUGCUCCCUGAAGCUAGGAGGGUAGUUAAGAGGUCUGGCUGGGGGUAAGGGAUGGAGCAGGACAACACCAAGGCGCCUCGCUCACAGCUGGACCUGCUCAUGAAAAAGGAUUUUUGGCGAGGAAGGUGAAACUCAAAGAGAAGAGGUCCCUGGAGCUACCCCAGCAGGCCAGACCUGCGGUAGCGGCAACAGUUGGGCUCUGGCACCAAGACUGGCGCUUCCUAUGGCUUAACAACCUCUGCCUGCAUUGCCCGCCGAGUCCCACCCGACCAUCUUCAACCCAGUUCUUGAAUGAGUCCUCUCCCACCUGCCCUGAGCAGGCCCACCCUUAGGGUUUGAUGGAAAGGCCUCUGGAGGAUGGGGAUGAGUCCCCAGACUCCCAGGGCCAUGCCACCGACUGGAGGUUUGCUGUGUGCAGUUUCAGGGAUGCCUGGGAAGAGGAGGAACCUGCUCCCCAGAUGCAGGUUAAGGACCUCACUCCUCCAAGACCACCAGUCGGGUCUGCCCAGGGCGAAGGGCUACAGGGCAGCCCCUUGUCCCAGGAGCUUCAGUCACCCCCAGAACAGAUGGCUGCAGAUGGGUCAGGGGAUGCCCAGAGGGUCACAUUAGGAGACUCCUCAGUCCUGUUAGAAGAGCCAACUUCCUCUGGAGUGGAGAGCCUCCUAUGCCCCAUGUCCUCCCACCUCAGUCUGGCUCAGGGUGAGAGUGACAGCCCAGGGGUAGGCUUGGUAGGGCAUCCUGGUCCAGGCAGGGUGAUACCAGGUGACUUGGGCUCUGGAGGGUUGGACACCGACCCUAUGAACCUUGGAGACCCUUUAUCAGAGACCUCUUCAAGGCUGCUGGAGGCAGACCCCACAGGAUCCAGUCUCCCUAAGUCGGCUGAUUGCCUUCAGGCCCAAGACCUCUCCUGGGAGCUGCUGGCCAGUGGCAUGGCUGCCUUGCCAGGGACUCGGGAUAUAGAAGGCCGGGCAGUGCUGCUGCUGUGUGCCCACAACCCAGCCUGGCUUCACCCCAAGUGCAGCAGCCAUGAACUCAUCCGCCUCUUGCUCUACCUGCGAAGCAUCCCCAGGCCCGAAGUACAGGCCAUGGGACUGACAGUGCUAGUUGAUGCCCGAAUUUGUUCCCCAAGCCCUUCCCUCUUCUCAGGGCUCAGCCAACUACAAGAGGCAGUCCCAGGGUCGGUGUACAAGGUGCUGCUAGUGGGAAAGAUGCCAGAGGAGAUUCCUUCCAGGCUGCAGCUGGAGCAGCUGCCCUCUCAUCAAAGCCUGCUGACCCACAUUCCCAUGGCAGUGUUGCCCACUUCACUAGGAGGAUGCCUGCCUUAUUGCCACCAGGCCUGGCUGGAUUUCCGGAUGCGUGUAGAAACCCUGCUGCAGAGCUGCCAGGUGGUUUGUGCACUGCUUCAGAGGGCCAUCGAGGGUAUGAAGACUGUGCCCUCACCCAUGGAGUCUGGGGAAGUCAGUGGGCUGCUACAGCAGGCACGAGUCUUGAUGCAGCAGGUGUUAGACUCACCACGGCUGGUAUGGCUACAAUGCCAAGGGGGCUUAGAGCUGGCAUGGCUGAAGCACGAGGUCCCAGAUGUGACCCUGAGCCCAGAUUACAGGCCUGCGGUGGACAGGGCUGAUGAGCUAUAUGGCUGUGUGGAUGGACUGCUGCACCAGCUGACUCUGCAGAGCAACCAACGAGUACAGACUCUAGAGUUGGUCCAAACGCUGGAGGCCCAGGAAGACAGACUACAACAGAUUGAAGUGUGGCUACAGCAGGUGGGCUGGCCAGCACUGGAGGAGCCAGGGGAACCCUCACUGGACAUGCUGCUCCAGGCCCAAGGCCCUUUUCGGGAGCUGGAUCAGGUUGCCCAGGAACAGAUCAGGCAAGGGGAGAAGUUUCUGCAGCCACUCUCUGGCUGGGAAGCGGCUGAACUGGGUCCCUCUGGGACACGCUUUCUGACGCUGCGAGCCCAGCUGACUGAAUUCUCUAGAGCUUUGGCCCAGCGGCGCCAGCAGCUGGCAGAUGCUGAGAGGCUGUUUCAGUUGUUCAAGCAGGCCUCCAUGUGGGCUGAGGAGGGCCAGCAGCUGUUGACAGAGCUGGAGCAGGAGCGCCCAGGGGUUGUGCUGCAGCAGCUGCAGCUGCACUGGACCAGGCACCCUGACUUGCCUCCUGCCCACUUCCGAAAGAUGUGGGCUCUGGCCACGGGGUUGGGCUCAGAGAGCAUCCGCCAGGAGUGCCGCUGGGCCUGGACCCGGUGCCAGGACACCUGGCUGGCCCUGGAUCAGAAGCUAGAGGCUACACUGAAGCCAUCACUGGUGGACAGUACCUCUAGCCAGUGUGUCAGCCAGGUCCCCACUGCACCAGCUCCCCCUCCCCUGAGGAAAGCCUAUAGCUUUGAUCGGAAUCUGGGGCACGGUCUCAGUCAGUCUGCCCGCCACUGCCACCACACAGCCACUAUUGCUGCCUGCCACACACCAGAGGCUGGAGGAGGUGACCAGCCCAAGUCAUCCACUACCAUACCUUCACCAAGCAGCUCUGACCCAAGGAAUCCCAACAGGCUACAGCUGGUGUUGGCAGAGAUGGUAGCCACAGAGCGGGAGUAUGUUCGGGCCCUUGAAUACACCAUGGAGAACUACUUUCCCGAGCUGGAUCGCCCUGAUGUGCCCCAGGGCCUCCGCGGCCAGCGUGCCCACCUCUUUGGCAAUCUGGAGAAGCUUCGGGACUUCCACUGCCAUUUCUUCCUGCGUGAGCUGGAGGCUUGCACCCGACACCCACCCCGAGUGGCCUAUGCCUUCCUGCGCCAUAGGGUGCAGUUUGGGAUGUACGCACUCUACAGUAAGAAUAAACCUCGUUCCGAUGCCCUGAUGUCCAGCUAUGGCCAUGCCUUCUUCAAGGACAAACAGCAAGCACUGGGAGACCACCUAGACCUGGCCUCCUACCUGCUAAAGCCCAUCCAGCGCAUGGGCAAGUAUGCACUGCUGCUGCAGGAGCUAGCACGGGCCUGCGGGGGUCCUGUGCAGGAGCUCAGUGCACUGAGGGCAGCCCAGAGCCUCGUACGUUUUCAGCUACGACACGGUAACGACCUGCUAGCCAUGGAUGCCAUCCAGGGCUGUGAUGUUAAUCUCAAGGAACAGGGGCAGCUGGUGCGACAGGAUGAGUUCAUGGUGCGUGCUGGGCGGCACAAGUGUCUGCGUCGUGUUUUCCUUUUUGAUGAGCUGCUCCUCUUCAGCAAGCCUCGCCGUGGGCCCACAGGUGUCGACACAUUUGCCUACAAGCGCUCCUUCAAGAUGGCAGACCUUGGCCUCACUGAGUGCUGUGGGGACAGCAACCUGCGCUUUGAGAUCUGGUUCCGCCGUUGCAAGGCCAGGGACACCUUUGUGCUGCAGGCCUCCAGCUUGGCCACCAAGCAGGCCUGGACGGCCGACAUCUCCCGUCUGCUCUGGAGGCAGGCUGUCCACAAUAAGGAGGUGCGCAUGGCUGAGAUGGUAUCCAUGGGUGUGGGGAACAAGGCCUUCCGGGACAUUGCCCCCAGCGAAGAAGCUAUCAACGACCGCACCAUCAACUACAUCCUAAAGUGCCGAGAAGUUCGUUCUCGAGCCUCCAUUGCUGUGGCCCCAUUUGACUAUGAUAGCCCCUACCUGAAGGCCUCAACCUCCCUUCCUGGAGACCCUGCCUCUUGCUCUGUUCUGGGGUCCCUCAACCUGCACCUGUACAGAGACCCAGCUCUUCUGGAUUUCCGCUGGCCCCUGUAUCCCCCCAAUUUCCCAGAGGAAGCAUCGCUGGAGGCUGAGGCAGAGCUGGGCAGCCAGCCCUCUUUGACUCCUGAGGAUUCAGAGGUCUUGUCCCAGUGCCCAUCGGCCAGUGGCUCCAGUGGCUCCGACAGCAGCUGUGUGUCAGUGCAGGCCCUGGGUAGGGGCCCUGAGGACUUAUCCUAUGUCUGAGCCUAGGCUCGAAGGCAAGCAGUGGAUCUAGCAUCCUGAAGCUCCAAGGAACAUCACCUCUCUGGAUCUACUGUGUCUAGAGUGUGACUGGCACCUUGGCCACCUCUAGCCUACACACGCAGCCCUGUUGACUAUCCUUUCUGAUGUCUGUGACCAUUGGACAAAUUGGCACAAAUCCUCUCCAGGGAAGUCUGGCUGUAGAGACUGAGUAGGCAUCUUGUUCCCAGACUCUGGCCCCCAUGUCCCCUUCUGUCCCCGCUCCAGCUCCCACCUGAGUUAUGGGUUAAGAAUAGACUAGAGCAGAGGGUGGGUGUUUCCAUACUCUAGGCUGGCAGGACACCAUGUCGCUCUGGGAAGUGACUGGGUUGCUCCACCCUUCUGGGGGAACAUGGGUUUGCUCCCAGCAGCUGCUCCCCAGUCCCUGACCUUAAAGCCAGGCUCAGCAAACAGGCUGGUCUAUCCCUGCUGUGCCCUACCUUUGCCUGUUUUGGCCCCCCAGGUCCAACCCCUUCUCUCCCAGGAUACUUUGGUUAUUUUGACUUGAUGCCGUUUGACUAGCUUUCGAGAGUUGUCUAAAAUUAUCUCAUUGGUUGUUAGGCCUUUGGCGUCUCAGAGAAGGCGGCUACAUUUUUGACUCGUUACUUUUAUUUGUUUAUAAUAAAAAAAAAUAGACUGGUAUGUCGCCUUGAAUGGGUACAGGCA